CUUGCUGCAAUAGUGUACUCGUUGGAGUCUCCCCCAAAGUUCAUAUACGUGUUUGUAUGCACAGUAAUUUGUGCGGAAAAUAUUUUCGAAACUACGCUUGAAACAAGAUCAGUAUAGUGUGUGCACAUCGGCUGUAGCGAUAAGCAGCAGUUUCGGACUGACGGAUUCUAAAAAUGUCACAACAAUUUAUAAAUAAAUAUCUAGCAGUACUGCUGCUAGUGUUUGGUCUCGCCUGCACCCACGUAGCCACCAGCACCACUGAGUCGCCCAGCGAAGCUGCACGAGUUGCACGCGAUCAACUGGUUGAAGCUAUAACGGCCGAUUACCUCAAGGUGCUCGACUAUGAGCUGAAAGAGACUAAGGCGCUGGUUGAACGCGUGCUCGACGAUGAACGAUUCCAAAAUGUGCACAAUGAAAUUUUGCUGAACAAGAAAAUCAACUUGCGAAAUUAUGUGGAGCUCGUGAAGGAGAAGAGUAAGAAGAAACAGCCAUCAAAGGAGUUCAAGCCACCGCUUUUCUUCUACAUCUUCGGCAAGUCGUUGCUGUAUAAAGAUUUCCUAGAUAUUGUGGCACGUUUAGAGCCCUCAGAGAGUCAUUAUGAUUGUUGGAUUGAGUCGGACUUCAUGUCUUUUGGACUUGAAGCUUUCUUUGAGACACUGAAUCAGAAACGCAUUAAGCUGGUGCGCGAGAGUGUGCGGCGUAUUGAUGAUUAUGUGAAUGGGCUGCCGGCGGAACAGCAACGAAAGGCCGUGCCGCAAAAACUAACCGAUUGGUCGGUGAAAUUGAAGGAAGCUACAGAGGUGCAACAGAAAGUGGAUGUGCUCAGAGACUUCUUGCGUGAAUAUUACUUGGAAGCAGCUGUUUAAAAUAUUGUUUGUGCGCGAGAGUGUAGAAAAGCGUAGUGUUAAAAAGUAAAAAUAUGUUUUUUGAAUGAAUAUUAGUUAAAAAUUGUUGGGGAAAUAUAUGGUAUCGGCUUUGAAUUUAAAAUUAUUUGUAGGCGCAAUUACCCAAACAUAUUUGUUGACAAAAAUAUUAUAUUUAAAUAAAAGUACUCUGCGAAACUAGA